AUGCCCGGCUAUCAUGAAAUAGCCUACUUCAGCAUACACUGGAAUAACUCAAACGAGCAACAUACUGCAUUGGGUCUGUCCUGGCAAAUACCAAAUGUCGAGUCUCGCAAGUUACCGUACCUUUUGUAUGCCAUAGCGUGCCCGGAGAAUGCAGCGGUCCAGACCAGGCUGCGAGAAGAGAUACUUCGCCUCCCUCUUGGUGGCACCCUCGCGCUUUGGAACAACCUCUACAUCAACGCUGUGAUCAAGGAGACGUUUCGCUUAUACCCUACCGUCAUCUCGACAUUACCACGGAUCGUGACCGCGGAGUUCCAUGUUGGGAACAUGGCACUACCUGCGGGCACGGUGGUGGGAAUGCAAAACUACGUCUAUCAACGUGACCCUAGCAUUUUCCCGCAUCCUGACUUGUUCAAACCGGAGCGGUGGCUAGAGAGCACAACGGAGAUGGACCUCUCCCUGACACCCUUUAGUGUGGGGAGACGUAACUGCAUCGGGCAAAAUCUUGCAUGGGAAGAGCUGCAUCUUGCCGUUGACGUCCGGAUGCGAGCUGAGUUUGCUUUGGUGGUCAGCAAAGAGAUGAAGAGUGGUGACAUGGAUAUGGAGGACCGGUUCAACAUUGCACCGAAGGCUCGUCAUUUACUACUGGAGGUGUUGCCACUUUCAUAG